AGUCGCACGAGAAACGCCGCACGGAUUAGGCGUGAGAAGCACACUCGAGAGAGAGAGAGGAGAAGACGACCGGCCACAAUGAUGCUUGUCGAGAUCGGGGCCAUGCCCUGGACGCUAAUGCUGCUUAUCAUUGGCGCCGGCCACACGCUGGCCGCCGAGGAUCGAUUUCCGGUGUCCCUGAUACACAUCAACGAUUUCCAUGCCAGAUUCGAGCCGACGGACACCAGCGGCGGCAUCUGUGAUGAGGGCGAGGAGUGCGUCGGUGGCUAUGCGCGCACCGUGCACAUGGUCCGUAGAUUGCUGGAGGAGCAGCGCGAUCAUAAUCCCAUCUAUAUCAAUGCGGGCGACAGUUUUCAGGGCACGCUCUGGUACAAUAUUGGACGCUGGAAUGUUACCCAGGAGUUUCUCAAUAUGCUGCCCGCCGAUGUCAUGACGCUGGGCAACCAUGAGUUCGAUCAUGGCGUCGAGGGUGUCGUGCCCUUCCUGAAGACCAUCAACACCAGCAUGCUGGUGGCCAACAUGGACAGCGCCCACGAGCCCACCAUGGAUGGGCUCUACGAGCGCUCGCUGAUACUGGAGCGCGGCGGUCGCAAGAUCGGACUGAUCGGUGUCAUCCUAGAGACAACAGACACACUGGCCAACACGGGCAAGCUGAUCUUCCGCAACGAGAGCGACACCAUCCGCGAGGAGGCACGCCUGCUGCAGGAACAGGGCGCCAAUAUCAUCAUUGUCAUCUCGCACUGCGGCUACGAUGUGGACAAGGUGAUCGCCGCGAAUGCGGGCGAUGUCAUCGAUGUCAUUGUUGGCUCCCAUUCGCACACCUUCCUCUACACGGGCGAUCCGCCCGGGCCGGACAAGUCGCGCGGCGACUAUCCCACCCAGGUGAUACACAGCAGCGGCCAUCGCGUGCUCAUCGUUCAGGCGGGCUGCUAUGCCAAAUAUGUCGGCAAUCUGACGGUCUAUUUCGAUGACAAUGGCGAUGUCCUGGACUUCGAGGGUGCACCCCUCUAUAUGGGACCGGACGUACCAGAGGACGAGGCAGUGCUGAAGGCGCUAGAGCCCUGGAAGGAGGUGAUCAAUCGGGAGGGCCAGGUGGUCGUCGGCCGCACCAUGGUCGACCUGACCAAGAGCGACUGCAGCGACCGGGAAUGCAAUCUGGGCAACUUCUUCUGCGAUGCCAUGAUCCAUACGUUCACGGGACUGACGCCGUUCAAUCAGAGCGCCUGGACAAAUGUAUCCAUUGGACUGGCGGCCACCGGCGGCCUGCGCAUGGCCCUGCUGCGAGGCAAUCUGACAUAUGCGCACAUGGUCAACAUGUCGCCGUUCGAGAACAAGCUGAUUGCCUACAAUCUGCCCGGCCGGAAGCUGAUCGAGGCGCUGGAGUAUGGUGUCAGCAAGAUUAAUCUGGAGAAUGGGGUGACCAGCUCGUACAUAAUGCUGCAGGUGGCCGGUCUGAAGGUCACCUAUGACUACACCAAGCCGGUCAAUUCGCGCGUCGUCUCCGUGCUGGCGCGCUGCGCCGACUGCGAUGUGCCCAUCUAUGAGCCUUUGGAGCCGGCCAAGAUUUAUCGCAUCGCCUCGCCCGAUUUUCUGCAGGGCGGCGGCGAUGGCUUCACCAUGCUAGCCGAGGGCACCGACCUCCAAAUCAGCAUCACGGAUCUGGAGGCUCUGCUCUCCUACACCAGCAACAUUGAUCCCAUCUAUACGGGCCUCGAGGGACGCAUCACUGUGCUCAACUGACAGGCUGUCCUUCGUUUUUUUUUUGUUUUUAUCAUAAAUAAAUGUUGUAGGUAAU